UCCGCUUAUAAAACUGAUGCAACAUUAGAUAUCAAAUUAACCUGUAAACCAUAAGAAAAUGCGAUUCUUUUCUUCGUUAGCUCCAUUCGCUAAGAGGCUAGAAGGCAAGGUUGCCUUAAUCACCGGCGGGGCGAGCGGCAUUGGCGAGAGCACUGCCCGACUCUUCGCCAGACACGGCGCCGACGUUUUCAUUGCCGACAUACAAGAUGACUUAGGCCACUCCGUUUGCCAUGAAAUUGGUUCAAAUUAUAUCCAUUGUGAUGUUACUAAUGAAUCCGACGUCAAAAACGCUAUAAAAACCGCCAUUUCGAAACACGGUAAGCUCGACAUAAUGUUCAGUAAUUCCGGAAUUUCGCCCAAGAAUCCAAGUCAUAGCAUCUUGGAUGUCGAAUAUGACACUUACAAGAAAGUUUUCGACGUGAAUGUGUAUGGAUCUUUCUUGGCAGCCAAACACGCCGCGAACGCUAUGAUUCCGGCGAGAAAAGGGAGCAUUAUUUUCACGUCAAGUGUCACUUCAGUUACUUACGGAAAUGUCCCUCCCAUAUAUGCUGUGUCAAAACAUGCUAUAGUUGGACUUACCAAGAAUUUAUGCGUAGAUUUAGGGCAAUAUGGAAUUAGGGUUAAUUGUAUUUCGCCUUACGGAGUGGCGACGCCGAUGUUGAGAGAAGCUAUGGGCGGAUUUGAUAAGAAAACGGUGGAGGAUAUUAUGAGUGGGGCGGCUAAUUUGAAAGAUGCAGUUCUUGAGGCACAUGAUGUAGCAGAAGCAGCAUUAUAUUUGGGUGGUGAUGAGUCUAAAUAUGUAAGUGGGUUAAAUUUAGUUGUUGAUGGAGGUUACAGCACAACCAAUGUUGCUUUCAAAGAAAAGUAGAAAGCAAUCUAAUUACCCUGAAAGCUCCUAUUUAUAUAUUAUUAUUUUAUAUGUAAGUUUUUUUUAUGUAUAAAACCUUUAUUGAAAGUCAAAAAUUAUGGCAAAAAAACAAAUAAAAUAAAAUGCCAAGAAGGUUGUUACUCAAGAAGAAUAAGAUCCAGAUUUCUAAACAAGUCAAACCCAGAAAAUACAAAAAAAGGAUGGUUGUAUCGUUAACUGUUUCGAAAGUGCUUAUAAUAUAAAUGUAUUAAUUUUUAUUUGAAAUAAAAUUACUUGAUGUUAUUUGA